UGUCACAACUGAGAACUAUUACUGAGGGUGUAUUAUCCUAUGUGAAAACUUAAUUGCUGAAUUGCUUGUAUCCAAAAUAUAGACACAGUGCUAGAUGCUGGUUUACUCAUGUCCUAUUUUCCAAUUCUCUCUCUCUCUUUUUUUUUUUUCUCAAAAGGUGUCCAAGCUACACAGACCCAGAGAAUCUCACAGGUGUCUCAGAAUUCCUCCUCCUGGGACUCGCAGAGGAUCCAGAAUUGCAGCCAGUCCUUGCUGGGCUGUUCCUGUCCAUGUACCUGGUCACGGUGCUGGGGAACCUGCUCAUCAUCCUGGCUGUCAGCUCUGACUCCCACCUCCACACCCCCAUGUACUUCUUCCUCUCCAACCUGUCCUUGGCUGACAUCGGUUUCACCUCCACCACCAUCCCCAGGAUGAUUGCGGACAUGCAAACUCACAGCAGAGUCAUCGCCUAUGCGGGCUGCCUGACUCAGAUGUCCUUUUUUGUCCUUUUUGCAUGUAUGGAUGACAUGCUCCUGAGUGUGAUGGCCUAUGACCGGUUUGUGGCCAUCUGUCACCCCCUGCAAUACCGAGUCAUCAUGAACCCACGCCUCUGUGGCUUCUUAGUCUUGUUGUCUGUUUUUAUUAGUCUUUUGGACUCCCAGCUGCACAAUUUGAUUGUAUUACAGCUCACCUGCUUCGGGAAUGUAGACAUUUCUAAUUUCUUCUGUGACCCUUCUCAACUCCUCCACCUUAGCUGUUCUGACACCUUCAUCAAUGAAAUGGUCAUAUAUUUCAUGGGUGCCAUAUUUGGCUGUCUUCCUAUCUCAGGGAUCCUUUUCUCUUACUAUAAAAUUGUUUCCUCCAUUCUGAGAGUUCCAUCAUCGGGAGGGAAGUAUAAAGCCUUCUCCACCUGUGGCUCUCACCUGGCGGUUGUUUGCUUAUUUUAUGGAACAGGCCUUGUAGGGUACCUCAGUUCAGUUGUGUCACCAUUCCCCAAGAAGAGUAUGGUGGCUUCAGUGAUGUACACGGUGGUCACCCCCAUGCUGAACCCCUUCAUCUACAGCCUGAGGAACAGGGACAUUCAAAGUGCUCUGUGCAGGCUGCACGGCAGAAUAGUCAAAUCUCAUCUUCUCCAUCCUUUUUGUUAUAUGGGCUAGAAAUGGCAGCAAAAUUUAAUACCUAGGCCUGCAAAUCCUGCCCCCUUGGUCACAUUAUUUUUGUUGCUUGAUGGCUUUCAUUCCUCUGUGGGUUUUG